UAAGAAAAACUGAUUUCCUCCUAUCGCUCCCUGUCUCUCUCACUCAUCUAAUCUUUGAUCCUGUUGCCGAGAACGGUGGAGAGAUGUACAGCUCACUUGAAACGACGGCUCUGGCGACGUUGUCACCGCGAGUUCUUGGAAGAGAAUCAUCGGAGAAAGACAUGUCAAUGUCUGGAGGAGACAAACUGAUACUCAAAGGGUUAAAGUUUUACGGUUACCAUGGAGCGAUUCCAGAAGAGAAGACUUUAGGGCAGAUGUUUCUUGUUGACAUUGAUGCGUGGGUGAGUCUUAAAAAGGCUGGUGAAUCAGACAACUUAGAUGACACAAUCAGCUACGUUGACAUUUUCAGCAUAGCUAAAGAAAUUGUAGAAGGGCCAUCAAGAAACCUUCUGGAGACAGUCGCAGAACUCAUCGCGUCCAAAACGCUUGAAACGUUUCCUCGGAUAACCGCUGUUCGGGUGAAGGUAUCGAAGCCAAAUGUUGCACUUAUCAAGACUACUAUUGAUUACUUAGGGGUCGAGAUUUUCCGACAGCAAAAGUAUUGAUUCAAGGAACUGAAUAAACUUUUGUUUUCAAUAAUCCUUUUGUCGAGGCAAAGAGAACUGUAUCCAUUAAAUUAUUUUUAUCAUAUUUGUUAUCAAACGCAUUUUAUAAAACUUUUACAAAUAUCAAGAAUUAAAUA